GCCCCACAACAACAUGGACAAGUAAACCUGUCUGCCUUCGGUUCCACGUGUCGAGGCGAAGCUAGCUGGAACGCAAACAGACACAACUUUUUUUUAAUGUUCUUCAUUCGUUUAGGGAGGCGAAAACUGUUGAAAAAUGGUGAAGGAGCAGUUCCGGGAGACGGAUGUGGCGAAAAAGAUAAGCCACAUUUGUUUUGGAAUGAAAUCGGCAGAACAAAUGCGUCAGCAGGCGCAUAUUCAGGUGGUCAGCAAGAACCUGUACAGCCAGGACACCAACCGCACUCCUCUGCCUUAUGGAGUCCUGGACCACCGCAUGGGCACCAGCGAGAAAGACAGACCAUGUUUGACGUGCGGGAAGGUUUUGGCCGACUGUUUGGGACAUUAUGGCUAUUUAGAUCUGGAGCUGCCGUGUUUUCAUGUUGGUUAUUUUAAGGCAAUCAUUGGAAUCUUACAGAUGAUUUGUAAGACAUGUUCAAGCAUUAUGCUAACCAAAGAGGACAAGCUCCAGUUCAUGGACAUGUUGAAACGUCCCAACCUGGCCUACCUCCAGAAACGAGGCCUCAAGAAGAAGAUCUCUGACAAAUGCCGCAAAAGAACAAUUUGCCUUAAUUGUGCUGCCUUCAAUGGAACUGUGAAGAAGUGUGGCCUGCUAAAGAUCAUCCACGAGAAGUACAAAACCAACAAGAAGGUGGUGGAGCCUUUUGUGUCCGAGUUCCUACAGUCCUUUGACACGGCCCUUGAGCACAACAAACUGAUGGAGCCUCUGUUGCCGAGAGCACAGGAGAACCUUAACCCUCUGGUGGUGCUCAACAUCUUCAGAAGGAUUCCCCAGGAGGACAUCGCCCUCCUGCUGAUGAACCCCGAGGCAGGCAAACCUGCUGACCUCAUCCUCACCCGCCUCCUGGUACCUCCGCUCUGCAUUCGGCCCUCCGUGGUCAGCGACCUCAAGUCGGGCACCAACGAAGACGACCUCACCAUGAAGCUGACGGAGAUCAUCUUCCUGAAUGAUGUCAUCAAAAAGCAUCGCAUGACGGGUGCCAAGACGCAGAUGAUCAUGGAGGACUGGGACUUCCUCCAGCUGCAGUGUGCGCUCUACAUCAACAGCGAGCUCUCCGGAAUCCCCCUCAACAUGGCGCCCAAGAAGUGGACGAGAGGUUUCGUGCAGAGACUCAAGGGGAAGCAAGGUCGAUUCAGAGGCAACCUCUCAGGCAAGAGAGUGGACUUCUCGGGCAGAACCGUCAUUUCUCCCGACCCCAACCUGAGAAUCGACGAAGUAGCCGUGCCCAUACACGUGGCCAAAAUCCUCACCUACCCAGAGAGGGUCAACAAAGCCAACAUUGAGCUGAUGAGGAAGCUUGUUCGCAACGGCCCCGAUGUUCACCCCGGCGCCAACUUCCUCCAGUCGGUUAAAAGCGAAAUAAAGAGGUUCUUGAAAUAUGGAAACCGGGAGAAGAUUUCCCAGGAGUUGCGCUUCGGCGACCUGGUGGAAAGGCACAUGAUCGACGGAGACAUCGUCCUGUUCAAUCGACAGCCCUCGCUGCACAAACUCAGCAUCAUGGCGCACAUUGCCAGAGUCAAACCUCACAGGACGUUCCGCUUCAACGAGUGUGUUUGCACGCCGUACAACGCUGACUUUGACGGAGACGAAAUGAAUCUCCACCUGCCUCAGACGGAGGAGGCCAAAGCCGAAGCACUGGUCCUAAUGGGGACCAAAGCCAAUCUGGUAACUCCAAGGAACGGCGAACCUCUGAUUGCUGCUAUUCAGGACUUUCUGACAGCCGGCUACCUCUUGACUUUAAAGGACACUUUCUUUGACCGAGCCAAAACUUGCCAGAUAGUCGCCUCAAUCCUUGUGGGCAAAGACGAAAAAAUAAAGAUCUCUCUCCCCCGCCCGGCUAUAGUGAAGCCCAUGUCUCUGUGGACGGGCAAGCAGAUAUUCAGCCUCAUCCUGAAGCCAAGCAAGGAUUGCCUUGUCAAGGCCAACCUGCGCACCAAGGGCAAGCAAUAUUGCGGCAAGGGGGAGGAUCUCUGCCACAACGACUCAUUUGUGGUCAUCCACAACAGCGAGCUGAUGUGCGGCAGCUUGGACAAGAGCACCUUGGGCUCGGGCUCCAAGAACAACAUCUUCUACAUCCUGCUGAGAGACUGGGGUCAGAUGGAGGCCGCAGACGCCAUGUCCCGCCUCGCAAGACUCGCCCCCGUCUAUCUUUCUAAUCGUGGCUUUUCCAUCGGUAUUGGAGAUGUGACACCUGGUCAGGGUCUGCUGAAGGCCAAGCAGGACCUUCUGGAUGACGGCUAUCACAAGUGUGAUGAAUACAUCGAAGCACUGAAGACGGGCAAACUUCAGCAGCAGCCGGGCUGUACAGCUGAGGAGACCUUGGAGGCCCUCAUCCUCCGAGAGCUCUCGGUCAUCCGAGACCGAGCCGGCAGCGCCUGCCUGAGGGAGCUGGACAAGAGCAACAGUCCCCUGAUCAUGGCUCUGUGCGGCUCUAAAGGAUCUUUUAUUAAUAUAUCACAGAUGAUUGCUUGUGUGGGACAGCAAGCCAUAAGUGGCUCCCGAGUGCCUGAUGGUUUUGAAAAUCGCUCCCUGCCUCAUUUUGAAAAGCAUUCAAAAUUGCCUGCCGCUAAAGGCUUUGUAGCUGACAGCUUCUACUCGGGCCUGACGCCCACAGAGUUUUUCUUUCACACUAUGGCUGGCCGUGAGGGACUGGUGGACACUGCUGUGAAAACUGCAGAGACCGGAUACAUGCAGAGGCGUCUGGUGAAGUCGCUGGAGGAUCUGUGCUCGCAGUACGACCUCACGGUACGAAGCUCCACAGGUGACAUCAUCCAGUUCAUUUAUGGCGGCGACGGCCUGGACCCCGCCGCCAUGGAAGGCAAGGACGAGCCGCUGGAGUUCAAGAGGGUCCUGGACAAUAUUCGGGCAGUUUACACUUGCCCGAACGAGCCGGCGCUCAGCCAGAGCGAGCUGGUUCUCACGUCAGACGACAUCAUGAAGAAAGCCGACUUCAUGUGUUGCAGAGACAGCUUCUUGGAGGAGAUAAGGAAGUUCAUCAGGAGCAUCUCGGAGAGAAUCAAGAAGACCAGAGACAAAUACGGCAUCAAUGACAACGGCACUAGCGAGCCCAAAGUCCUCUAUCAGCUGGACCGCAUUACACCCACCCAGCUGAAGAAGUUCCUGGAAACCUGCAGGGACAAGUACAUGAGAGCUCAGAUGGAGCCGGGGUCCGCAGUCGGGGCCUUAUGUGCCCAGAGCAUUGGAGAACCCGGCACUCAGAUGACUUUGAAGACAUUCCACUUUGCCGGUGUGGCGUCCAUGAACAUCACUUUGGGCGUUCCUCGCAUCAAGGAGAUCAUCAACGCCUCCAAGAACAUCAGCACCCCGAUAAUCACCGCACAUUUGGACGUGGAAGACGACGCCGACUUUGGGCGCCUGGUGAAGGGGAGGAUCGAGAAAACGCUCUUAGGCGAGAUUUCUGAAUACAUUGAAGAAGUUUUUCUACCAGACGACUGUUUCAUCCUCGUCAAAUUGUCCCUGGAGAGAAUAAGACUACUGCGACUUGAGGUGAAUGCAGAGACUGUGCGCUACUCCAUCUGCAUGUCCAAACUGCGAGUGAAACCAGGUGACGUCGCGGUGCACGGCGAGGCCGUGGUGUGCGUGUCGCCGCGAGAAAACAACAAGAGCUCCAUGUACUAUGUGAUGCAGUCGCUGAAGCAGGAACUACCAAAGGUGGUGGUUCAAGGAAUCCCCGAGGUCGCCCGUGCCGUCAUCCACAUCGACGAGCAGAGCGGCACGAACCAGUACAAGCUGCUGGUGGAAGGGGACAACAUGCGAGCCGUCAUGGCCACCCACGGCGUCAACGGAAGCAGGACCACGUCCAACAACACAUUCGAGGUGGAGAAGACUCUUGGCAUUGAAGCUGCCAGGUCUACCAUCAUUAAUGAGAUCCAGUACACUAUGGUCAACCACGGCAUGAGCAUCGACCGGCGGCACGUCAUGCUUUUAGCCGACCUCAUGUCCUAUAAGGGGGAGAUACUCGGAAUUACUAGAUUCGGCCUGGCCAAGAUGAAGGAGAGCGUUCUCAUGCUGGCGUCCUUUGAGAAAACAGCCGACCAUCUCUUUGAUGCCGCCUACUUCGGGCAGAAGGACUCAGUCUGCGGUGUGUCAGAGUGCAUCAUCAUGGGCAUCCCAAUGAACAUCGGCACAGGGCUCUUUAAACUCCUGCGCAAGGCCGACAAAGAUCCAGCCCCGCUGAAAAGGCCGCUCCUCUUCGAUCACCCCGACUUCCACAUUCCUCUCGUCACGUAAACGGU